GGGACUCAGAGUUUAAGGCUCCUCUCCCAUAGAGCAACUCUGCACAACCCAAGCAGACCAACUUUGGGACUUUGAAUGAACGUAUUUACAUCCACCUUUCUCUUCAUGUCGACUUUUCUGGAAACAUUCACACGGAUGCCAUGGUUACUCCUACCACGAUCUUACAGGUGAACAAGGUGAUGUCCAUCUUGUUUUAUGUGAUAUUUCUCGCUUAUCUUCGUGGCAUCCAGUCUACCAACAUGGAUCAAAGGAGUUUGCCAGAAGAUUCGAUAAAUUCUCUUAUUAUCAAACUUAUCCAGGCAGACAUUUUAAAAAACAAGCUUUCCAAGCAGAUGGUAGAUAUUAAGGAAAACUAUCAAAACACGGUGCAGAAAGCAGACACUCAGCAAGACAUGGACGGAGAGGAAAAUGUGAAAUCAGACUUCCAGCCAGUUAUCUCAGUGGAUACAGAUCUCUUGAGGCAGCAGAGACGCUACAACUCUCCCCGAGUCCUCUUGAGUGACAACACGCCGCUGGAGCCGCCGCCGCUGUACCUCAUGGAGGAUUAUAUUGGGAAUUCCGUGGUGAACAGAACCUCCCGGCGGAAGAGGUACGCGGAGCACAAGGGCCACCGAGGGGAAUAUUCCGUUUGUGACAGUGAAAGUUUGUGGGUCACGGACAAAUCCUCUGCCAUCGACAUCAGAGGACACCAGGUAACUGUUCUGGGAGAAAUUAAAACGGGCAACUCUCCAGUUAAGCAAUACUUUUAUGAAACGAGGUGUAAAGAAGCCAAGCCCGUGAAAAACGGCUGCCGUGGCAUCGAUGACAAGCACUGGAAUUCCCAAUGCAAGACAUCCCAAACUUAUGUUAGAGCACUGACUUCAGAAAACAACAAACUGGUAGGCUGGAGAUGGAUAAGGAUAGACACCUCCUGCGUGUGCGCGUUGUCGAGGAAAAUAGGAAGAACAUAAAUCUGCAUCUCUUUCCUAUAUAAAUUAUUACUUUAAAUUAUAUGAUAUGCAUGUAGCAUAUAAAUGUUUAUAUUGUUUUAUAUAUAUUAUAAGUUGACCUUAUUUAUUAAACUUCAGCAAAUCUACAGUAUAUAAGCUUUCUCUCUCAAUAAACAAGAGCAAAGGGUGUGUGCCUCUGCUGUGGGCAACUCCAGGUUUUUUUAGACUAUGUUUGUGACACUGCUUGUCGGCAGCAUACCGUAACCUUCCUGUUAAAUCUGUGUAAAAUCAGUAUUUUUCAUUCAGUAUUGUCAAACCAGUGACUGUCAUUUAGUAAACUUGUUAAAAAUCAGAUCAAUGCCAAGAGUUGUGUACAUAUUUAUAUUCCCUGCUCUAUACAUUCACAUUUAAUUGAUGCAAUGUUGACUCCUCACCGCCAAAACAAACAUGGACCAAAGUACGUGCUGUAGCCUGCAGAUGAUGUCAAAUUUACAGACAUCAGGUAGCCCUAAAAUAAAGUGUUUGUGUAUUAUGCCAGUUUUGCCAGUGAAAUUACCAUUUUUCCUCUGUUAGCAUUUCAGGAUGGCUGCUAAUAAUCCAGCAACUUCCGUUUAUGUUUCUGAAGCACAUUUGUUUUGCAACUGUUUCUAAUGCUGCCAGUGCAUCAUUGAAAAAAUAUGAAAAAAUAUAAAAUAUUUGUAACUGAAACUUACUGAAGCCAAGGACCAAUCUAAACGGAUCAUUAAUAUAAUACAUGAAAGAUGGUUUAUUGUGAUCAGCCUCCUUCUCCUCACAUGAAUCAUUAUCUUCUGCUUGCAUUGCUGGAUCAUUUCUCUCUGUCAGAGUUUUUAAAUUAGAAACAAAGCUAGUGGUGUCUCAACCUGAAAAGAGCCCUUGGCUUGGAAAUUGUAGAAAAGAAAGAUACAAUAUCCUGGCAUGGAUAUCAAAGCCACACACCCAUACAAAGCCAUUCUUCUGAACAAUCCAUUCUUCAUUUUUCACAGGGCAAAAAAUGUUUAGAACUGCUGGAGAAACCUGGUACCUUUCACAGGAACUUGAAAUGGAUGGUGACUAAAAUCCACAGAGUAUGUAGUGAUAAUGAAGUUCCUCAAUUAAACAGAUUUGUUGCUUAGGACAGGCAAAUGUACUUGCAAAUAUAUACCUCAAACUCUUCUUUGGAUUGUCAUGUAGCUCCACUGGGGACAGGAAUAAUGACAUUACUUGAAGAGAAGGUCUAUUACACGUUAGCUGUGUAAUGCCCUGGAUGGGAUCCCACUCCCAUAAAAUAAAGGAAAGUCCAUGGUUAUCAACAGAAUUAAGAUUGGACUGCAUGUUAUCUGUGUCCAGAUAGAUCUAACACCCAGGCAGGGCUGGAAAACACCAGCCACUCAAACAGUUUUACAACUGUAGUGUCUGAAGGUUUUCCACUCUGGCUUUCACUGCGUGUUCAGCAUCACAAGUGAAAAUGAGAUCAGAGCACUCAAACCCGAGGUUUCAGGAUUCUUUUGUUCGUACAGCUUUCACUCCUGGAAAAUCAACUUCAAACCUGCAGCAGGCCGUGACAGGCAGCAAAUUGUGUGGUCUCCCCUAAUCCCUUACAGAGAGCGUUACACACCAUAAAACCACCGGAGAAUCAGACAGGUUGCCCAUGAGGCCUAGCACUGGAAUAGUUGUGUCUCUGGAAGCCAGGUUGGAGCGUGUAGGUGGUGUUUCUGCAGGGGAGGCCACAAGCAAGGUUUCUGAGAACCAUCUCAAUUCUCAACGUGAGGCCAGGCUAUUUACCUCCCAGGAAAUGUCAUCACCUUGCAGUACCUUACUUUGCUUCAAGCAAUAAGAACUUCAGAGGUUCCAUACCAAGGCAAUCGUUAAAAUGAGAGGAUGUAAUAUAACAGAGAACUCAGUAUCUGAAAGAUCUGACUAGAAUAUUUCCAGUUUUCUCAUUCCCUGGCAAACAUUAAAAAACCAAAAUCCCCCACAGAGCUUUUGCUAGUUUUACUAGUAGGAAAGCUUAAAUUUCAACUAAAAUUUUUUAGCUUGGGGGUAAAAGCAUAUUUUUCAGAGUCUUGCCCCGCUGGAUUUUUUUUGCAGGUUAAAAGCUUAAUUUUGCACCCUGAAUUCCCAAAUAAAGAUCAUUUGCAGAUGCUGGGAGUAAUUGAGAGCUGAUAUUGUCAUGGAUCAUUAAGUUUAGAAAUCUUGUUUCACCAUGCCAGACGGGUCUAUCUCCAUGCGAGAAGAGGAGGUAAGAAGACUAACUUAGUUUGGUUAAAUCCUAUUAAUCACAAACUACCUUGUUGUUGCAGUGAGGAUGCCACUUUUAUUUACGUCACUGUAAAUCCAGAGAAACUCUCUUGAAGACAGUGGAGAAAAUGUAGCUUUAUAGCAAUGUAAACAACAUCAGAGUUGAUCCUAAUACCUUAGUUUCUUCUCAGUGAAAAUCAAGGGAGAUUCGUUCUUUAAAAGUUCAAAGAAAAUCAAUUGUCAUUUUCCACUGUAGAUCCAGUAAGAGGAACUGGUCUUUGACUCUUAACUCUAACACAGGCAGCCAGCAAAAAUGUCUCAGAGUAAAUACUCCUGUCAUCUGAAACACAUGAAAUGAGAAAGAAGUGUGGUGUGUAAGGUUUUUAGGUCAACUGCCUCUUUCCCACCCCAGGAAAACAAUGAACGGAAGUGUUACCCUCUGGAUCUGAUCCAGUUUCCACGAAAGUCCAUGGAAAAAAAAGUCUCACCUUCUC